AUGUCUGCUUCUGCCUUUGUGUACAAACUAUUACCCCUGCUGAGAGGAAGGUGUUGCGCAGUCCGUGCGUUUUCAUGCACCGGGGAUCGUUCCCAGCUGCACCGGGUGAAGGGGAGCGGAGCUUUAAUGGGGAAAGUGGACCGAUUCGGUGGAGUGACAGUGAACCUGGCUGACACCGGUUUACCAGAGGACAUCAGCGAAAGCUCAUUCAGUGGAUUACUGAAAGAUUCUUUGGUCCAGUGGAAAGCAGAUGGGAGGGUCGCGGUGUGGCUUCGAGUUCCCAUCUCACUGAGCCGAUUUGCUGCAGCCGCCUCCGCUCACGGCUUCACCUUCCACCACGCCAAAGAUGACCACGCUGUCUUGUCUGUCUGGUUGGGAGAAGGGGAAAGCAGACUGCCAGGGUUUGCAACUCACCAAAUUGGAGUAGCAGGUGCAGUUGUUGAUGAGUCCAAUGGAAAAGUUCUUGUCGUCCAAGACAGAAACAAGACAAAGAAUGCUUGGAAAUUCCCCGGUGGUUUGUCUGAUCCAGGAGAAAAUAUUGGUGCCACUGCAGUUCGUGAAGUUUUCGAGGAAACCGGCGUUCGCUCUGAGUUCAGAUCUCUGCUCAGCAUCCGACAGCAGCACAACCACCCCGGCGCCUUCGGCAUGUCGGACAUGUAUAUCAUCUGCCGACUCAGCCCGCUCACCUACGACAUCAACUUCUGUACUCAGGAGUGUCUGCGCUGCGAGUGGCUGGACCUCACCGAGUUGGCCAAGACCAACGAAACUACGCCCAUCACCUCUCGUGUAGCCAGGGUUCUGCUUCACGGCCUAAAGCAGGGUUUUGACAAAAUAGACCUCACCAUGGAGGAGCUCCCUGCUGUCUAUUCUGGGAUGUUUUACCAGUUAUACCACAGGCAGCUUCUUCCAACACUAAAAUCUUAACAAGC